CUCCUCCUCUUCCUCGGUGAGGGCUGCACAGCUGGCAAUUUACAGAGAGUAACUAACGCUGGAAGGAGUAAUUGGCUGCUUGGUGGACCACUGCCCCGCAAAUUGGACCCUUGUUUGGUGGAGGAGAUGAAUUAGCUGAAGUUCUGGGAUAUUUAUUCACCUUUAGUCCUUUAGGAACUUCGGGAUCAGAAAGAUUCAAGACCAAGCUCCCCCUCCUUUUUCACUGGAACCGUUAUAACCUCCUCAUACUGGAAACGUAAGUUGUAACAAUGGAGAAGUCAAGACGCAGGGAAAAGUUAGCAGUCUCCCUUCUGUUUGGGUUGUUGUUACCUUGCUGUUUGGCCCAGACCACACCAUCAAACACAGCCACUCGGACCCCCACGGGGACCCCCACGCGGACCCCCACAACGUCUUCAUCCCCGCAGACCGAACAGCUAAGGGUUAGACUGUCUGGAUACCCAAGGAAACACAACGAGGGUCGGGUGGAGCUUUUUUACAAGGGAGAGUGGGGAACCAUCUGUGAUGACGACUUUGCGAUAGCCAACGCCAAUGUGCUCUGUCGCCAACUGGGCUUCGUGGAAGCCACAGGAUGGACCCACAGCGCCAAAUAUGGCAAAGGCCAAGGGAAAAUCUGGCUGGACAACGUGCAGUGUAACGGGGGGGAGAGGAGCAUCGACUCCUGCAAGUCUCGCGGCUGGGGCAACAGUGACUGCACUCACGAUGAGGACGCCGGAGUGGUGUGCAAAGACGAGAGGAUCCCCGGAUUUGUGGAAUCAAAUGUUAUUGAUGCUCAGGUGGAUGAGAAACAGAUAGAGGAGGUGCGGCUGCGGCCUGUAGUCGCCACUGCCAGAAAGAAGCUGCCCAUCACGGAGGGCGUGGUGGAAGUGAAAUAUAAAGACGGCUGGGCGCAGAUCUGCGACCUGAGAUGGUCGAUCAAAAACACUCAUGUGGUCUGCGGCAUGCUGGGAUUCCCGCAUGAGAGGAAAGUCAACAAGAACUUCUACAAACUUCUGAAAAAGCGAGCAGCUGAGAAGGUCUCCAGGCCAAAGGUUAAUGUUUCAGCCGGUGGAAGGCAGACACCCAAAGCUAAAGCUAACUCUAAGACUAAACAGAGCAGUCCUGGCAAAAGGUUGUAUUUGGAGCGUCAGAAGAAUCACUUCCACGUCCACUCGGUGGCGUGUGUAGGCACAGAGAUCCACCUGGCAGCCUGUCCUCUGGAGUUCAGCAAGCCCAACGCAACGUCCAGCUGCGAGGGCGGCAUGCCGGCUGUUGUCAGCUGCAUGCCGGGGCCGCUGUUCAUUCAAAACAACGGCUUGAAAAAGAAACUUAAAAUAUCGCGUAUUAAUGCCACUGGAAAGUUCAGCUCUCAAAUCUACAGCAGGAAUUCAGUUUUGUCACAAAAAGGAAUGGAACAGGGAAUGGGUCCGAUCUACAUGAACGAGGUGAAGUGUGUCGGCCAGGAGAGAUCCAUCUGGAACUGCCCCUUUAAAAACAUCACAUCGGAGGACUGUCAGCACGUGGAGGACGCGGCUGUCCGCUGCAACGUGCCCUACAUGGGCGUGGAGCACUCGAUCCGGCUCGCAGGAGGACGGACCCGUUACGAGGGCCGCCUGGAGGUGCUGAGCUUGGACUCUAACGGGACGCUGAGCUGGGGUCUGAUCUGUGGAGAGACCUGGAACACCAGGGAGGCCAUGGUGGCCUGCAGGCAGCUGGGCCUGGGCUACGCUAACCAGGGCGUGCAAGAGACCUGGUACUGGGACAGCAGCAAUGUGACGGAGAUGAUAAUGAGCGGCGUGAAGUGCACAGGAAACGAGAUGUCUCUGAGUCAGUGUCAGCACCACAAAACAGUCAGUUGCCAGAAAGCAGCGGCAAAGUUUGCAGCAGGAGUCAUCUGCUCUGACACGGCCUCUGAUCUGGUUCUGAACGCGCCGCUGGUCCAGCAGACGGUCUACAUCGAGGACCGUCCUCUGCACAUGCUCUACUGCGCUGCGGAGGAGGACUGCCUCUCAAAGACGGCAGCGCAGGCCAACUGGCCGUACGGUCACCGCCGCCUGCUGCGCUUCUCCUCCCAGAUACACAACAUCGGCCGAGCUGACUUCAAGCCCAAAGCUGGGCGACACUCCUGGGUCUGGCACGCCUGUCAUGGCCACUACCACAGCAUGGACAUUUUCACCCACUAUGAUCUGCUGAGCGGAAACGGUACCAAAGUGGCCGAGGGACACAAAGCCAGCUUCUGUCUGGAGGACACAGACUGUCAGGAGGGUGUUUCUAAGCGCUACGAGUGCGCCAACUUUGGGAAUCAGGGCAUCACUGUGGGCUGCUGGGAUUUGUACCGUCACGACAUCGACUGCCAGUGGAUCGACAUCACAGACGUCAAACCUGGAAACUACAUCCUGCAGAUUGUGAUUAACCCAAAUUACGAAGUGGCUGAGAGCGACUUCACCAACAACUGCAUGAAAUGUAACUGCAAAUAUGACGGACAUCGAAUCUGGCUCCAUAACUGCCACAUUGGUGAUGCAUUCAGCGAGGAGGCAGAGAGGAGGUUUGAGAAAUACCCCGGGCAGCUCAAUAACCAGAUUCCUUCAAUAAAUCAACAAUAACUUCCCGACAUAUGUGCCCCCAGAGUCGGGGAAUAAAAACACACUUUACAGGUUUAAAAACAAAAGACAAACAUUUGUAUUUUAAAAACUGGAUUUCCUCACAUAUCAUUCGGAGUUAUGGAAGAAGCCAACAGUAUUUUCCUGCAUUGAAUGUCUUUUUAUAUUAUACUUGAAUAUUCAAGUUAUUUUUCGUUUUUUUUCUCAGUCUAAUGUGAGCUAAUGCUAUAUUUUUUAUUACAAAAGAUUAAGAAUGUUAUGAAUGUUCAGAGUUAUGGGUGAAGCAUCUUUAUGAAGAUAUAUUUGUCUAAAUAUUAUACAAGUUAGCAGAUCAAUAAGUACUAUUUAAACAAUUUUGCAAGUAUAAUACCAGUAAUCUUGUCCACAGAACAAACCGUAACACACCUGCCUCCACACUAUUUAUUGCUUAAAUCGGUACUCAAGAACACUUAGCAUUGUUGUCAGUUUUCCAUCUGCUUUAGUCUUGAUGUAUUGUAUUAUUUUUAAUAAAAGUAAUCUAGGGUUUGAAUGUAGAUGUUAUCGGUCAAAAAUAAAAAAAACUACACUUACCCUCAACAAUGUCUGAAUGUAAGCUGAUGUAUCACAACUGCUGCACCAAAUAAAGAGGAGAGGAAUACACA